AGCUCCUGAAAAACAGUCCUUGAAUGUGCAAAAUGACUCAUUGGAAGCAAGAAACUGGUAGCAUUUGAUAGAAACUGAAAGCAAAGUGGCCUCCAUCUUCUCUGGCUCACUGAGAUGGGGUUACAGAAGUUUGGGGGUUGUUUAAGCUGCCUUUUAAUACCCCUCGCACUUUGGAGCAUUGUUAUAAAUGUCCUAUUAUAUUUUCCUGAUGGGAAAACAUGGUAUGCCUUCAGCAACAAUCUCAACUAUGUGUGGCAUUUUGAAGGAAUCUGUUUCUCUGGCAUUAUGAUGCUUCUGCUAGCAGCACUUCUGAUCAUUUUGGAUCAAGAAAUUUUCCCUCGGUGCUGCCAGAGUGAAAGCUGCACCAAAACAUACAGGAGCGUCAUUUCAGUGGUGCUUUCGUUGCUGGGAAUUGCUUUCUCUGGCUACAGCCUCAUCAUAUCAGCCUUGGGCUUAGUGCAGGGCCCAUACUGCAAAACCCCAGCUGGCUGGGAAUAUAUUUUCAAAGACACUGCAGGCAGCUACCUCAUGGAUCACACUACCUGGGCUGAAUGCUCAGAGCCAGCUCAUGUAGUAGAGUGGAACAUCAUUUUGUUUUCUGUUCUGAUCGUUCUCUGUGGCCUUCAGAUGCUGAUUUGCUUUCUGAAAGUGAUCGCAGAGUUAAAGAGGAUACUGUGUGGAACUUAUCCUGUCUUUAUUCAGCCUGGGUUGAUCUGA